UAAGUAACGUCAAUAAUUAAGACUAUAUGGACAAAACGUACGAUCCGUAAAAGAUUUCUAAUACGUGAUUAAAAAGAUUGUCAUUAAUUCGGAUUAUUAUUAUUAUUAUUAUCAUAAAUUAAACAAAAUGUCUGAGAAUGUCGAGGAAAUUAUCGAAGAAGAAAAUUCGGUUACAAUGUUAGAUGUACUACGGGAAGAAAAUCAAUUGGAAGAAGACGCCUAUGCAGUGUUGGGCGCGUCUGAUGACAAAAAUUGCACAUACAGCAAGGGAUAUACACGGCAAGCUCUUUACGCAUGCAAAACUUGUUGUCAGAAAUCAGUGCGAGCAGCAGUUUGCCUAGCUUGUAGUUUUCAUUGUCACGAAGGUCAUGAACUUAUUGAACUGUAUACUAAAAGGCAUUUCAGAUGUGACUGUGGUAAUUCGAAGUUUGGAGGAAAAAAAUGUAACUUGGAGCUUUCAAAGGAUUCUGUAAAUUCCGAAAAUCAAUAUAAUCAUAACUUUGAUGGCGUUUAUUGCACAUGUGAGAGACCAUAUCCAGAUCCAGAUGAUACGAUUAACGAUGAAAUGUUACAAUGUAUAAUUUGUGAAGACUGGUAUCAUUCGAAGCAUUUAGAAUGUGAAAAAGAAAUACCAGUGGAUGCUGCAUACGAUGAAAUGAUUUGUGCUGGUUGUAUGAAAAUUAAUGAUUUCCUUUGGAAUUAUGCUAAUAAAUACACAGCUUUUACGGCAACGGAAGUUUCUUUCGAGGAUAAAGAAGAUGAAUCGACCAAUAUGGAAAAUCAAGGAAAAGGAUGUACAAUGCCAAAAAAUAAUUCUACAAGAAGAAUAUUAUCACAAGGAAGCUGUUUUUGGAUAGAAGGAUGGAGAGCUGCGCUAUGUACUUGCGAAGCAUGUAAAGAGCUUUAUCGAGAGAAACAUAUUUUGUUUCUUCUUGAUCCAACGGACAGUGUACACGCUUAUGAGGAAGCUGGUAAAAUCAAUAGUCGAGAAUCACAAUAUGAAAAGGGUAUGAAAGCGCUUGCUUCUUUAGGUCACGUGGAACAAUUGACAGCCAUCGAAGAAUACAAUAACAUGAAGGAACGAUUAAAACAGUAUUUGCAAAAGUUUGCUGAAAACAAGAAAGUAGUGCGAGAAGAAGAUAUAAAGGAAUUCUUUUCGGAAAUGGAAUCGAAAAAACGGCCAAAAGUUGUGAUACCUACAUAUUGUCGUUGAAAUGCAUUACUCGAGCAUUUUUCGUUUCUAACGGAAACAAAAAAGUUGAUGUAUCUUUAUAUUAUUGCAAAUGAUAUAUUUUACUUUUAUAUAUUCCAUUUAUUUGCAAAGUUUAAUCAUGUGAUGCUAAAUUAUCUUGGAUUUGGUAUUUUUAAAGUUGAGUGUAAUAAAUCGCAACUGUUUUUUAGAUAUGUAUGUAUAUUUAGAAGAAAGGUAAAAAUAUCUUAUUAUUUUUGUAAAACCUCGAUCU